AUGACUCGUAUUUCUUCUAUAUUUAAUCUUAAUCGUUUAUUUCAAGUAACAUCAAUUUUUACUUUCAAACAUUUUUGUACUUCACACACAUCUACAAUGGCAACAAAUCAACAAGGAAAUAUUAUUAUUAAUUUAGCUGGUGAUGUUAUGAUUGGUCGUUUAAUUGAUCAAUUACUUCCAACUUCUGUUUAUAAUCCUGAAGAAGCGUCUAUUGUUCGUCCAUUUCGAUUAUCUCGACGUUCAUAUUUUCCUUAUUUACAAGAAGAUAAAUAUAAUUAUGCGACUGUUUGGGGAAAUACAAUUCCAUUGUGGAAAAUGGGAAAUUUAAAUAUUAUUAAUUUGGAAACAACUGUAACUACUCAUGAUAAACUAUGGCCUGGUAAAGUUUUCAAUUAUCGUACUCAUCCUGCAAAUAUUGCAUGCUUAACAAUAGCAAAUAUUCAUCAUGUUUCUCUUGCUAAUAAUCAUACAUUAGAUUUUGAAAUAAAAGGACUUGAAGAAACAUGUGAAAGUUUAGAUAAAUCUGGUAUAUCAUAUGUUGGUGCUGGUAAAACACGUGAACAUGCUCUUGGUCCAGUUUUUAUUGAUGUUCCUAUAACAGUUUCACCCAUUGUUGAAAAAUUAAAACCUAUAUCAAUCAAUAGUGCAGCACCUCGUUCUUCUACAUCACUUAGAAUUGGUUUACUUUCAGCAUCUGAUCAUCCAUCAGAUUGGUCUUCUGUUCCGUCAUUUCAUCUUCUAACUUAUUAUGAUCUUCCAUUACUUUAUACUCAACUUGAACCUCUUAUUACAAAUGCUCGUUUGAAUUCUGAUUUCGUGAUAUUUUCUGUUCAUUGGGGUCCCAAUUAUCAAUGGAUACCAGAUAAAAAAAUUCAAGAACUUGCUCAUUGGAUGAUUCAUCAAGGAGUUGAUCUUAUACAUGGACAUUCAAGUCAUCAUCUACAAGGUAUAGAAAUUGUUCAACGUCAAAAUGGAACUCAUGGUUUAAUUAUAUAUGGUUGUGGUGAUUUUGUUGAUGAUUAUGCUAUUGAUCAAGAAUAUCGAAAUGAUCUUGGUGCACUUUUUCAAUUACAUCUAUCAAUAUCAUCACAAAAUGAAAAAUUAAAAUCAAUUCGUCUUCAAUCACUUUCAAUUUUUCCUACACGAUGUUCUAAUUUUCAAGUGAAUCAAUUAAAUUUACAAGAUAUUGAUUGGACAUGGAUAAAAGAGAAAUUUGUUCAAUUAAGUAAUAUUGGUGAAAGAAUAUGGACACAUGGUCAAAAUAACGAUAUAAAAAUUGAUAUUGAUACAUAA